ACAUCAUUAGUAUUUUUCGAAGCUGUCAAAUUGGUAACAAUGACAGAUGAACUGACCAACAUCAACACAGCACAUCUUACUGCAGCUGUCAACUUGUUACACAAGCCUUUGAAUGAUGGACCACAAAGUGACUAUGAUGGUGAAGACAAAAAGAAAGGUAAAAAGAAAAGACAAAGAGUGCAAAAGCCGAGAAAAAGGAAAAUAAAAAAGAUCGCUGAAGCUGAGAAAGAGACAGUUCAUAUACAUAUUGAAGACGAGGUUACCGAAGCCAUUAUAUCAAUACCUGACACUUCUGAUCACCACCAUAUUGACACAUCUGCAAAUUCUGAUUUUCUUCAUGAAAAGUUUAUUCCUCACUCUGAUCAGAUGAAUAAUGAUUUAGUUGUUCAUGAUGCACAUGAGGAAAGUAUCACCUUGCAACAAGAAAAUGCAGCUGCAUUUUUGUCCGACGCUCAAAAUGAGCAUUUGCAAUCAAAUGUCACAAAUCUGCAAUCAAACAUAAGUAGUGUUAAUACUGAGAAUCAGCUAUCAGAGCAUAUUUCUCAAAUCUCUCCGCAAGCUUUAAAGCAAUUAUUAUCAUGCAUAAGCCCAUUGACUGUGCCGGAAAAUUUACAGGCUUAUGAAGCCCAGACAGGUGGAUUAAAAUUAUCUUUAGAAAAUCUUUUGGUUCAACAAAACGACCAAGGAACACACAAUUUACAGACAGACAUAACAAACGGUGGAGCUUUAUCGCAGUUGCAAAGUGAAGUUGAAGAAUCUGACACACCUGGUCAUGUUCAGAUUAGUGCUGCUUUGCUCCAAAAUCUUCUCCAAGGAAUAAAUAAUCCUCAGUUACAUGGGGCGGCAAGAAUAGUGAACCCGCAAAACACGCCAUUGCCUCCUAUUCAACAGUUUGCUUCACAGUCUGUUCAUUCAUUGAUACAGAACUUAGCAGGUCAAGGAACAUCACAGUUUUCCAGCCAGAACGCAAAUCAGUUUCAUUCUGGAUCUUUAAAUCCAGCUGUAUUUACCUUGGGUAGUACCUCUUUGCAUCAAGUACAAACUUUUGCCCAGCCUAUCUCAACCCAGAUUCCAACAGUACCUCCUCAUCCUAAUACCAGUGUGCUACCGAUUUCAUCACUUCUGCAUCAGCAUCAUUUUCAGCAAAAUCAGCAACCAGCUGUUCAAAACAUGGGCUCCAUGCAGCCAGUUAAAGAAGGUGAACAUAAUUUUCAAUCUCUUCAAAUUGUUAACAAUAUUCUUAAUAGAGCAGGAUCGCAGCCAUUGGCAGGACAAAAUACAGGUCAAAGUGCAGGACAAACUGCCGGUGAUUUUUCUAAAGCGGAACAAAUUGGAAUUCCGACAACUUCUACUUUAAGCACACAUAUUCCUGUAAGUCAAGUACAUGGAUUACCAUUGUUGCUUCAACCGUCUGGACCAGGUGGAAGAAUGCAGCUCAUUCCUUUAGAUAGAGGCGUCAAUUUGCCAUUGCUGCAAGAGAUUAUUCAGAAAUACACAGUCAAUGCAGUCCAGCCAUUUUUGUCAACUGUGGCCGUCUCUUCACCUCAGCACAGUGUUUUGAACAGUGCAUCUUUGCAAACCAACAACCAGACAUUUGAGAACCUCGUACAAGCAGCCAAUUUGUCAGUCGUUCCCAAACAUGUGACUGAAUUGGAUUCAACCAUUCACAGUCAUAAUAAAUCUGGAGGCAAUUUGUCACAAGGGAGCUUGAACCAAUCGUCAGAUAAUAAUCAACAUUCAACGAAUAACGAUUUGAAUUUUGAAUCACGAAAUACUUCUGAGGACAAUGAUACAAGUCGGUCAUCCGCUGUCUUGUCCCAACAUUAUGAAAAUAUCAGCACUGACACCGUCACCGAAAGCCAAAAAAAUAUGGCAAUAAUGCACUACACCGUUCCACAAGCAAAUACUAAUGUAACCAGUGCGGCAGAAUAUAUGCCAUCCGUUAUGCCCGCUCUUUCCCAGUCUCAUCCCACCCAUUUCCCUCUACAAUCUUUAACAGCUCACCCAAACCAACAUCCACAUCAGUUGACAACAGUUCCACAACAUAAUAUGUGCUUGCAACCGCAAUUUCAAAACCAACACCACACAUUUCAAGAAUCAUCUUCACAACCGCAUAUACAGCAUCCAGUUUUGCUGAAUUCCCUGACUUCAGCGCAAAAUUCCCAACAUUCUAUUCCGUCAAACAACAACUUACUUUCAUGUCAUGGUUCCUUUCCCGGUCAAAUUCCAACACAAACGUCGACUAUGUCCGAAACUUAUCCCCUUAAUUCCUACCAGCCAUCUCAAAAUACAUUGCAGUCCUACCACAAUUCGCAGCAAUCUCCCCAUAAUGUUCCUUCGUAUUCACACGAAUCUGCGCAGCUUUCUCACGAUACUCUGCCUCCUGUCCACAACUCAAAUACUGAUGAAAAACUGCAACAACAAGAAGAUGUCCAUUCAAACGAACCCGCUAUUGCUAACGAUCGUUCACCAGACUAUCCUCAACAGCAAGAAGAGGAACAUUCAGGACCAGCCUUUCCAACGCGAAUAGAAAAUAACAGAUGUGUCUUUUGUGUGGAUUGCAACAAGCUAUUGCCUACAGGCUGCAAAGUUCACAACACGGAAUACUUGUACCAAGCAGACACGCCCGUUCUGAGUCGAGCCCGGACCUCUCUUCCUCCGUGCUUCACACUGCAGCAUACAGGGUCGUCUGAGCACCCGGACUUAAUGGGUGUUUGGUGCAAGGAAUGUCUUUCGGAGAGGACCAUAUUUGGUCCAAUGGUCGGACAGCAACUGAAACUAACUAAUACCGAGUUUGCGGAGCAGGCUUAUGGAUUUCAGCCUUUUUUGCUCAGCAAAGGUGAACACGAAACGAAGCUUCUUCACAUGGUUGACGAGAAUAUCUGUAACUGGAUGAUGUUUGUCCGCUACGCUCCGAGUCUUCUGGAACAAAACUGCACAGUAUACAGGGACGGUGAUCAUUUCUAUUUUGUUACAAAGACUGAGAUCAAGGAAGAAGAGCUUCUAGUCUGGUUUUCUGCGGAGAUGUGUUUGAUUCUGGGAAUUACCCAGAACCCUGGCAAUCACCAUUUCCACCAAUGUGAAGACUGCGGAUUAAAUUUCCUCAUCAAACGUCUCCUCAAUGCCCAUCUCAAAUCUAAACACCCAGAAAAGUACAGGUACAACGUCGCAUGUUACAUUUGCAAUAAGCGGUUCAAGUCUCGCAGGAAUCUCAUGUCGCAUCUAGCCACCCAUAUGUACGUGAAGCCACAUAGUUGUCAGUAUUGCAAGAAACAGUUUGCGGACAUAAGCAAUCUCAGACAGCACCUACUUAUACAUACUGGUGAGAAGAACUUUGCUUGUGACGAAUGUGGUAAAAAGUUUCGCCAGAAAGCCCAUCUAGAAAACCACGUGGUCGUCCACACGGGAGAUAAGAGCUUCAAUUGUCCGCACUGUGAUGCUUCGUUUGGCCGGCGAUCGGAUCUUAAGGUCCACACAUACAAACACACGAAGGAGGUCUAUCAUCCUUGCAACGUUUGUGGAAAGGAGUUCUUUAAGAUGCAGAAUCUCAAGAAACAUCUGAAAGUACAUACGGGUGAAAGGAACUACAUGUGUGACAAAUGUUUCAAAGGUUUUCAGACGAAAUACCAUAGGGAUCGUCACUUGAAUGUUUGCAAAGAGAAAAAUGGAAAGGAGCCGUCGUAUAUGAGUUUGGAGGAGUUUGCAAAGCUGGAUAGCACUUGUGACGCGGUUCCUUUAAAGAAAGUUAGUGAUGAUCAUGAAAUAUGAGAUAGGUCGCUGAGGCCAAUUAAAUACUUUGAAUGUGGAUUACUCCUGAUCUAAAUGUAAUAGUUUUGUACAGUGAUAGUUUGUUCGUACUUUUGUAUACAAUGUUAGUUUUGCAUUUUUAUUUAUUAUACUUUACUUGCUUUCAUGGUAUAUUUGCAAAAACAAUGCAACUUUACAUUUAGUUGUUUGUUUUAUUAAGUUUAUAAACACAGUUGUAUUAGUGUUUAUUCUUGUACGUUUUCACUAUUCAUGUUUCAAGCCAGUAUUAUAUUGUUAGAUAUAUUUGUUGAGAAUAAAUUUACAAGAAGGGGCAA